UCACUUUUUUUAAUUUUUGUACGUGUUCUAAAUUAUUUCCCCGCGCUUUAUUUAAUGUAACUAUGAGUCUCUUAGGGUUCUUAUCAUGGUUGGCUACUCUAACUACAAUUGGAUUUUACCUCACAGGAUUGCUUGAUUGCAAGAAAAUAAUCGAUAAUGAUGGGCCUGGUGCUGUGCCUUUCUUGCCUUUCUUGACUUCACACUUCUGUUGUGGAUUAUGGUUUGCAUAUGGGGUUUUAAAGGCCGAUGCCACUGUCAAGUUUGUAAAUGCAGCUGGUAUGGGUUUGACAGCAAUCUACAUGGUGUGCUAUAUUUCAUUUAGCAAAAGAAAGAGUGUGCAAUUCACUUUGAUAAUCUUAUGUGGGAUGUUAGCAUUUGGUCUSGAGUACUACUUAAACCGYGUUAUACGUGAUAAGCACACAAGGACUGAGUACCUGAGUCUUGCUUGUAUUAUUACUACAAUAGUAAUGCAAGCAUCACCAUUAUUUACAGUUGUAAGUAUUCUAGCAAAUGCUAGAAAAUGUCCUGCUAGUUUAGUGGUUUUGGUCAACCUAUUUCUGUUCAUAAUGAUUAUAUGGAUUCUAUCAUGGCUAGCUACUAUUCUCACAAUUGGAUUCUUUCUCUCAGGAACAGUGACCUGCAAGGCAAUUCUGGAUAAGAAAAACACUGGCACAGUUCAAUUUUUACCUUUUUUGACAACUCUUAUGAGUUGUAGUUUAUGGACUGCCUAUGGACUUAUGAAAGGAGAUGGCACAAUAAUCCGAGUCAAUGUAGUUGGUGUUCUUCUUCAGGUUGUUUACAUGAGCUGUUUUCUCUAUUACAGUGUGAACAAGAAAACCGAGUUUAAACAUAUGAGCUAUGUUGCAGUAGCUGGUUUAGUGGUGUAUAUUUACAUGAUGAAAAUAGUUGAUGGUGACAUUGAGCGAACAUCACAAUUAGGAAGGCUGUGCACUAUUGUUACCAUAGUGAUGAUGGGAUCGCCACUGGCAACCAUGGCAGAGGUGAUCAGAACCAAGAGCACAGAGACAAUGCCUUUUGUAUUUGCAUUCUUGGUAACAAUACAGUCACUGGUUUGGCUUUGCUAUGGAAUCGCUGUUCAUGAUCUUAACGUCCAGUUGCCAAAUGGUACAGGAGUUCUGCUUGGAUUAAUACAAUUAGCGAUGUUUUGCAUCUACCCCUCAACACCACCAACACAAAGACAUGUUGUCGACCUGGCUUAAAAUGUCAUAAUGAUAAACGGAUAAAGGCAAUGAGCAGCGACACCAUUUUUGUACAUCAAUGCAUGAUGGGAGUUGUAGUCCUCGCCCUUUUUUUAUUUCCUCCAAAACGGUUGUGUAAAAAGAUAAACACCGUAAAAAAGUCGGAGUAAACAGUAAGUUAGUUGUUUCACCUACUGUUUUACGGUGCUAAAUGUAUCUUUUUGCACAACUGUUUCUUUAGAAACACCGACGCAGCUCACACCAGUUUACCCCUAGUUCCCAUCACCUCCAAACGGUUGGCUACUAAACCGAUUUGACAAAAAUAGCAGUACAUAAUUGUGUUUGCAUAAAAAUAUAGAAAUAGCUUUUAAGAGAGAUUUUAGGGGGAUAUAUAAAGUCCGUUGAUUACAACUCCCAUCAUGCUUUGCUAUACAAAAUGGCGUCUGUGCACAAUGYCUAAUAACGUAUUAAAACAUUAGGUCGCAGAUUAGACACUAAGCCAUGUGRGAUAUCUUGAAACAUGCGCAGAGAGUAGUUUGCGAGUUUUGGUAUAAUUUAGAUCCGAGACUGGCAUCUUUGACAACCACUGUGGACAACUGCUGGAACUUCAUCACCAAAAUCCAUUUUCAAACGGAAAAUAUAUGUAAUGCAUUAAUUAAAAAACGCAUAAAGUCUUAAGUAUGUGGGCUUUUAAAAACAAUAAAAUUUUGCGUAAAGCCCAGCUUCAUUAACGAUAUUUGCAGUACUAUGCACCAUAUGUAUUUUAGCCUACUAACAGGCGUUCCUCCUGGGGGGCCGAGAAGGAAUGGGCUCCUCCUCUUCAUUCCUUCUCGGCCCCCCAGCAGGAACGCCURUUAGCAGGCUAUAUGUAGUUCAAAAAACAUAAUUUAAAUGACAUUAUCACAGCUAAGAUCGAAAGGGAGCAUGGUCAAGUAAAUAAUAUGAGUACUCCGGUCGUACUUCAAUAGGCCUUUUCUGUGAUAGGAGUUUGCAUUGCAUUGUGGUCUAGAUUCGGUACAAACAUCGUUUUGUUGAUGCUACCAAAUAUARCRUUGUUUGUACUGAAUCUACACYACACAAUGCAACAUGAUUUUGUAUUUAAGAAAGGUCAUUGCAAGAAGAUUSAUUAAUUACAAUAGAUAUAAUGAC